AUGAAAUUAGCCAAGCGUAAGCUGCCGGCCGAGAUCGAGGGCCAGCCCGUCUCUCUCCUCCCGGAGGACCCGGAGGACAUGUGGCACGCCUAUAACCUCAUCAGCACUGGCGACAUCAUCCACGGCCACACCAGCCGCAAGGUCGUGCGCAAAAACGAUGCGACCGAUCAAACAUCUGCCGAGCGAGUCCAUCUCGACCUCGCCAUCAAGGUUCGCGGCACGUCUUUCGACCCCAUCACCUCGAUCCUCCGUGUCACGGGUGCCGUCGUUACCGAGAACGAGCAUGCGCCCCUAGGCUCGCAGCACUCCAUCGAGGUCGAGCCUCACCGAGCCUUCACCAUCAUCAAGCCAGAGCCCGAAGGAUGGGACUCAGUUGCGACCGAGACACUCCGUGAGGCGCUCUCCGACGACAAGGAUGGCGCCCUUGCUGCCGUCGUCAUGCAGGAAGGCGUCGCCAAUAUCUGCCUCGUCACCCAGUUCCGUACCGUUCUUAAGACCAGGGUCGAGAGCGUCAUCCCCAAGAAGCGUGACACCUCCUCUGACCAGGAAGCCGGCAUGCGACGCUUCUACGAAAAGGUCCUGGCCUCUCUGCAGCGCGCCGUCGACUUCUCGCAAUCCCGUCCCCUCCUCCUGGCGAGCCCUGGCUUCGUCGCCAACGACUUUAAGAAUUUCAUCGCCGCCAAGGGUCGUGACAGCAACGAUAAGGUGCUCGCCAACGUCGCCAAGCUCGCCACAGUCGUGCACUCCAACACCGGUCACGUUCAUAGUCUGAACGAAGUGCUGAAGAGCCCCGAGGUUCUAGCAAAGAUGAAGGAUGUACGGUUCGCCAAGGAGGCUCUUUUGAUGGACAGCUUUUUUGAUAUGCUGAAGCUUGACGAUGGUCGGGCGUGGUACGGCUCCAAGGCCGUUGAGAAGGCGGUCGACGAGGGCGCCGUAGGGCCGGGCGGUGGAGCUCUCCUCAUCAACAACUCCCUGUUUCGAAGCCAGAAUCUCGCCGUACGCAAAAAGUACGUCGCGAUUGUAGAUAAGGUCAAGGCCGACGGGGGAGAGGCGCGCAUCCUCAGCAGUGACCACGAGAGCGGGCAGCGGUUAGGCAUGUUGGGUGAUAUCGCGGCAAUCCUCAACUACCCCAUGCACGACCUGGACGAGGAGGAGGAAGAGGAGGCGCAACCAGUUAUACCAAGGCAUCAUGAGGAUGACCCGGCUAUGUUAGACAGUUCUACGCAGGAUGGGAUCCAAACUUCGAAUCGACUCGACGGUCAAGCUCAACUCGGGCUAUCAUAUGCCCAUCUUGGGUUUUGGCGUGAGUACACCAUGCUGCCCUUCGUGAUCAUCAAGAUAGCUGACCACUCUCAAGGUAUACCAGACAAUAUCCUGUGGGAUUGGACUCACCAUCUCAGCCCUCGAGAAAAUGCCACGGAAAUCUGUACACUAGCCCUCAACGCCGGCUAUCGUCAUAUGGACUCUGCCACAGCCUACCGCAACCAAGGACCAUCAGCGGCAUCAAUCCCAGCAUCCGGGCUCCCCAGAGAAGACAUCUUCUUCACCACCAAGGUUCCCGUCAAAAAGAAGCCCCUCGGCUACGAUACCGUGUGCGCCCUCGUGGACGACGCCCUGAAGGAGACAAACCUCACAUACAUCGACCUCAUCCUCAUCCACUGGCCCUACGGGGGGCCCGAGGCCCGCAAGGGCGCGUGGAAGGCCCUCGUCGAGGCCGUGGAGGCGGGAAAAGUACGGUCCAUCGGCGUGUCGAACUACGGCGUGCACCACCUCGCGGAGCUGGAAGGUCACAUCAGGGAGCUCGAGGCCGAGCGGGGGGGUCCAGGAAGAGGAGGUGUCAUCUCAGUAGGCCAGUGGGAGCUGCACCCGUGGCUCACGCGACCAGACAUUGUGCAGUGGUGUCGGGAGCGGAGCAUCGCCGUCCAGGCGUACUGUCCCCUCGUGCGCGGGGAGCGCUGGGGGGACGCCAAGGUCGUGGCGAUGGGCAAGAAGUAUGGGAAGACGGAGGCGCAGAUCCUGCUGAGGUGGAGUAUUCAGCGCGGGUACGUGCCGCUUGUGAAGAGCGUGACGCCCUCGCGCAUCGUGGAAAACACCGGGCUGUUUGAUUUUGAGUUGACGGAUGCUGAGGUGGAGGACAUCAAGACGGAUGAGUACAAGCCCAUUGCGUGGGAUCCAGCUAUGGAGCCGUUAGAAAAGUAA